AUGGCCGAAUGCAAUUCUUCGAUCUCUCGUAUCCUCUCGGGUGGCAACACAUCGCCAGAUUCCGGCAACGACGACCAGGGACGCACGCGCGAAGAUGGGGCCGCAAACCUUGCAACCAUUGGAUGGACAUGGGCGGAACGCAAUAAACUCACAUCGAUGCCCCAUGAUUGGCUAAUGAGGUACUCCUUACGGAGCAUGGGCUAUGUGUUUUGGGAUGCUAGACGGUUACUAGACGAAUGGAACAUCUCUGAAGUUUCGUCUUGUACACUCAAUUUGAUUGCACGGGACAACAUCGAUGAUUACAGACCAGAAGACUCGCAAGUCUUCGUAGAACACCGUUUCAAAGACGUUCCUAUCACGACUCGAAUGCUGGAUCACCGAGCGGACGACAGCAUUUUUGCCCGCAUAAAGCUCAGCCCCGAAUACGACCCGUACAACGACGAGAUAUGCGAUGUCAAGGGCAGCAGUGCAGAUAGGUUGAAUGACCCUGACACGGCCGGAGCGUCCCUGAUACUUUCCUUAAAAUAUGCUUCCGAUUGUUAAAAGGCGCCGCAAGUUCAAUCUUGUUCAUUCCCGUACCAUGGAAGCAAUCAUUGUCGAUUCUUUUGGACAAAAGUCGGACACCAAGUCGUGCUCAGAAUCCUCCUUUUUUCGAACGUUCGCCUGCGUUGCAAGUCUGAUACACCGCGGCAACAUGCACGGACAGCGGCUGAGGCCGGGCGCCUCGCGCCCCUCCACCAG